AUGGACAAGUCCGAUAUGCAACGCAGUGUCGAUUCACUUCGCAGUCAACUGAACAUCGAACGGACCCCAAUCAGUCAAAGUGCAACCGAACUUCGUCGCUACACUGAGACGCAAGAGGACCCACUUGUGAAUCCGAUCGAUAAGAAAGUGAACCCAUGGGCCGAGAAGAGCAAAUGUUCGGUAUUGUAA